AUGAGCCUCUACCACCUGCGCCUCUGCCGCUGGUGCUUCCACCGCUUGACCCUCUACCACCUCCGCCUCUGCCGCUGGUGCCUCUGCCGCCUGACCCUCUACCACCUACGCCUAUGCCACUGCCGCUGGUGCCUCCGCCGCCAGAACCUCUACCGCCGGGGCCUCUACCACUGCUGCUGUUGCCUCCGCCAUCUGAGCCUCUACCACCUGCGCCUCUGCCGCUGCCACUGGUGCCUUCCCCGCCUGAGCCUCUACCACCUCCGCCUCUGCCGCUGGUGCCUCUGCUGCCUGAAUCUCUACCACCUGCGCCUCUGCCGCUGA